AUGACAAACUUAGAAAACAUCUGCGGUAAAUUUAACUCUUCAAUAGAGAAUAUGAAACUUAUAGUAUGUAACGAACUUCAAAGUAUAGAUACAACAAAAGUUUUGAACUCGGAUGCUUUGAAGAGUCUUAUAACAGACAAAGUUGGAGUUGUUGAAAGAAAGUAUAGAGACCAAAGAGUUUGUGAAAAUGUUGCAAAUUUCAUCAUGGUUUCAAACAACGCCGUUCCGAUGAAGUUAGAAAGUUCUGACAGAAGAUAUGUAGUUGUCAGAACGUCAGAAGCUCAUAUGCAAGAUACAGAAUAUUUUGACGACUUAGCAGAAACUUUAACACCUAACUUUUACAACCACUUGUUCUCAUAUUUCAUGACAUUAGAUAUUUCAAAGUUCAAUCCAAGACAAAUUCCACAUACCGAAGAGAGACAAACAUUGUUAGAAGCAAACAAGAGUGUAUAUGAACUGUUUAUAGAUGAGACUAACUUUGAGUGUUUAGAUGAAAGGUCAUUGUACGAUUCGUAUAAACAGUAUUGUCAAGAGUAUGGUUAUAUGACAGCGUCUAAACGAACAUUCUUGGCAAAUGUCAAAAAUCUUUUAGAUGUUCAGAAUGGUGUAUAUACAAAGAAAAAUUUUUCUGAGUAA